AUGAGUAUCAUCAAGGUUGUGGUGCUCGGCGCACCUGGAGUGGGCAAGACUUCGAUCGUCCAACAAUUCGUUUGGAAUGAAUUCAGUGAUGUUCAUCGACCAACGACGGAGAAACAUUCCUAUUUGGCUUCGGUUCUAUACAACGAAAAACUGUAUGCUCUACAAAUUACCGAUCUGCCCGUCAUCCCCUAUUUCCCUGCAGACUCGCUCUUUGAAUGGGCUGACUACCGGUAUUAUGGUCUCCGGAGCGCAACAGCAUACAUUCUCGUGUUUGAUGUGAAUCUGCCGGAGACAUUCCAGUAUGUCAAAAACAUGCGAGAGCAAAUUUUGCAGAGUCGAGCGAAAGAAGUGCCAAUUCUCGUUGUGGGAAACAAGCACGAUCUAGGUCCCCGAGAGCACCGUGAGGUUGCCGGAUUGGUGAAGAAACACUGGCGCUGUGGAUACGUGGAAUGUUCGGCGAAAUACAAUUGGCAUGUUGUGUCCCUGUUCAGAGAGCUGGCCCGAACGAUUGAAGGACAUCGUCCGGAUACUUCGGCCGGUAAGUCGAGGGACCACCACGAGCACGGGGACAAGAAAUGUGCAAUCUCGUGA